AUGGAAAUGGAAUUAACAAGAGAAAAAGUCGUGGAAAUGGAAUUAAUAGGAGAAAAUAGCAGUAUUAAUAAUGAUAACAGUAAUCCAGUAAAGACAGCACAUGAAUUAAUGGCACAAAAAGACGCGAUAGAAGCCGAAGUUGCUGAACUCGAACAAGUGCUGAGGGGUCAAGGUGUUGGAAUGACCGAACCUUUAGUAGAUCGAUCUGGAUUUCCGCGCGCAGAUGUGAAUUUGGUCGCGAUUAGAACAGCACGCGCGAGAAUUAUCGGUGAAUAUGCAUUGCGAAAUGAUCAUAAAUGCAUAAUGUCACAAAUCGAACAAGCAUUACACGCGAUACACGCGGAAGCUCAACGCGUAAACUCCCAAAGACUUUUAGAUAAUAAACAACUUUCGCAAACCACAACACCAUUUGCAAUAGUGAAUGCUAUAGCACCAGAUUCACCUGCAAAAGAAGCGGGACUACAAAAAGGCGACAAAAUUCUAAAAUUUGGCACAAUACACACGGGCAAUCACGAAAAACUUCAAGCACUGAAUGCUUUGGUUGGACAAAGUGAAGGCAAAAUUAUUGAGGUUACAAUUGAACGAGACGCCUCGUCGUCUACAGAACAACUGCCGCCGCCAACACGUAUGGUGUUACAGUUCACUCCGAGACGUGGUUGGGGUGGUCGUGGAUUAUUAGGGCAGCCAACAUCUUUAAUACCUUGUGAUCAAGAACUUUCUGUAAAACAGGCACAAUAUGAAUGUGAUUAUAGCGGGGUUUUAUUAUAA